AUGCCUCCCAUAGAUGCUGUUGAUACACACGAUGGCCACCUCCCUCAUGGGAUCUGCACGUCUUCAUAUCCCGGUGGGAUGGUCAGUGAGCCACGCAAUGCACGUAAGAAGCUGCAGGUGAUUGUUUGUGUACUCUUCGUGGAGCUUUUUGAGAGGUUCACCUUCUUUGGGAUUGUUUGCAAUAUGAUCCUUUUCUGCACCAUCAAGCUGGGAUACAGCAGUUACCAAGCAGCCAUGGUGAACACAUGCUUUGUAGGAGCCAGCAUACUUACACCGGUUCUUGUGGGAUGGUUUGCUGAGACGUGCAGUUCCUUGCUAACUACGCUGGGAGUGUUCCUCAGUUCUCUCAAAAUGUGCUGCCUCCAUUAUCGCCAUUUAAGCGGAGAUGUUGCCAACUGGUUAGACCGUGCCAAGGAAAACAACGAGGGUUGUUACAGUGAGACCAGUGUGGAGAACGUCAAAAUCCUAGUCAAACUUUUCCCUCUCUUUGGACUUCAGCUUUUAUAUCAAGCUUGCAUUACCCAGAUCCCAUCAGGCUAUUAUCUGCAGACGAUACAUUCCAACUUAAAGCUCAACGGCUUUCUCCUGCCUGUAGCAGUGAUGAAGGUCAUCAGUAUACUGCCAGUGUUGAUCUUAGCCCCACUGCUGGAGCUUCUCAACACCUGCUACCAGUCUCCAAAGAAAAUACUGCCCUCACCAGCCACAUUUAUAACUAUGGGUCAUGCCUGUGCAGCUCUCUCAGCACUACUGGCAGGGAUCUCCGAAAUCCACAGGAAGAAUUACCCCCAAGUGGAGCAGACAUUAUCAGGAAAGGUCCUGCAUGUGUCCUCUAUGACCUGUUUCCAGCUUACGCCCCAGUACAUUUUACUGGGAGUGGCGGAGGCCUUUGUGACACCAGCGUGCUUUCUCAUAUCCUUUUGUCUGACUCCCAGCAACCUUAGAGGCGUCUCCUUGCACUUCCUAACCCUCUCAUAUGGAGGUGGCUGCUUUCUAGGAGCUUUCCUCAUUCACAUUCUUUAUUUUGUGUCGGGAGGAAACUUCUAUCCUAAUAACCUCAGCAGUGGCAACAUGGAGAGGUUUUUCUUUACUCUGGCCACAUUAAUGGCUAUAAACACACUGGUGUUUUGGAGAAUAUCACAAAGGUAUGCAGAUCUGAGCGUGGAGCUGAGUAGCGGGGCAGGACACAGUCACCUGUACGAGAAACUCCUGCAGUACAAGAACUGUCUGCGUUUUUAUGACACAUUGGAUCGUUCAGACACCCUGACGUCCAUGGAAACUGUCUUGUGAAUUCAUCGUACAUAUAAACCCUGUAAUGCUGGCGUUACACAAGAGACUUUGAACGGA